AUGUUCACUGCAGCCUUUAGCUUUAGUUUACCCAGGAGUGCUUAUGGGAAGCUCUCCAAGUCGGGUUUGCGGGGUGCUGGUAUUCACGCGAAGGGUUCUCGGACAAGUCGGCAAGUGCUCUGUGCGGGCACUGGCGAUGAACCGCGCUUCGCGGGUUUAGAUGAGUUCAGAAAAGACAUAGAAGCUCUCGGUCUCAUCACAGAGCCAGCUGACACAGACUUUGCUAGAAAGUUCGCACCUUUUCGAGGAAAACCUGUGCGCACCGUCAGCGAGACCGUGACCCGUUUCUAUCGGAAUCUAAAACGUCCUGUGGUAUUCUAUUACCAGCAGGCUGUGGACGAGAUUCUGACAACUGCUCAUCUCGCGCUCGUUUGUGCCAUGUUUCGAUACGACGUCAUCUUCGCGCUCGGUUUUGUAUCCGUAUAUCGCGAUUUUUUCCGCUCGUAUCCGCGACCGGACGAGCGAGAGAGCCUCUUCCGGUGCAUUUGCGAUGCGCUGGAUCUUGACGUGGGCCAAGUCACCAAGGAAGCUGACGACGCUUUGGCAUAUGUGCAGGGCAAGACAGAGGCAGAGCUCAUAGAGGAGAUCGAGCGAGAUACCGGGGAAGACAGUGCCGAAGCGCAACCAGUCAUCGCAGCGCUCCGCGCAUGUCGUCGGGCAGAUGGUGAAUAUUACUACACACGGUUAUUUGGUAUAGGUUUGAUGAAAAUCAUGAGUUCAUGUGGAGUGGAAAUCAAUCUCGAAUCUGUGAAAAAAUGGGCCAAUAUGCUCAAAAUCUCGUACGCACGGCUCGAUCAGGAUAUUGGAACAUAUCAAAUGAGUAUGGAGAAGCUCACCCAAGCAGAGGUUAUGUUCAAAGAACUGGAGGCACGGGAGCGCGCGCGCAUUGCCGACGAGCUAGCACGAAAAGCUCAAGAGGCGGAGGAAGAGCUACGGAAAAGAGAGCAAGCCGUUUCAGGGCAAAACAAAGAAACGACCGGGUAG